UUCAGUUUGGCAAUAUGAUUCUGUGCCUUGUGGAUCUGGGUGUCUGGGAUGGGCUAGAAUACAACGGUUAUGGCUGUUACUGUGGCAAAGGAGGCUAUGGCACAGCGCUGGAUGCUACCGACCAAUGCUGUGUAGAACACGAUAACUGCUACGGUAGAGCUCCAGUGGAGGGCGGAUGCAAUACCUUGGAUACCUACCUGAUCGACUACGACUACGAAAAAACCACUGACGCUAAUGGCAACUGUGCCAUCAAAUGCAAGGCAGAAGCCGACUACGGGUUUUUCUCCAUCAAUUCCCAAUGCAAAGCCUUCAUGUGUGAAUGUGACCGCAAGGGGGCGGAGUGCUUCGCCGCCAAGCGGGGCUCGUUUAACCCCGACUAUGUCAACUAUGACAAGAACGGUAAAUGCUGAGCAUGUAGGCCUACUCCCGAGGUUGGUCCGAACACAGCGAUUUCAAAUCCAGAGAUACCCUUUUAGGGAUUAAUUCCUCAGUAAUAAUUUAUUCUUUAAACCUAGUUAUCAAAAAAUGGUAAAAGGGUCUAUAAAAAUUCAAUUUCGGCCUAUAGGCUGAAUAUUAAUUUGCAUGAUUAUUAUUAAUUUGCAAUUCAGAAAGUUUGAUUAACCAAUACAAAUAUUUGUAUCAAAAAAGAUGAGCAGGAUUUCUUUUGCAUCUGCUUUAGCACAGAAUGUCAGAGUACAGACUAGAUACUCAGGCUUAAUUGUUUUGACAAUAUACAGUCAGCCAUUUUGUUUGUAAUUGCAACGAACUGUAAGGAUAACUACAAUUUCCGCUCAAGUAUUUCACUGAGAAUGUAACAAAAACAAGUUUCAAAAGUGAGCACUAAAAGGGGCCCUUUUAACAAUGAUGCUCAUGUGCUUUUUGGUCAUUCAACUACAAUAUUUCUUGUAAAAUGAGGCUAAAAUAAAUACGGAUUAAAUACAGAUCGACUUUUAAUCGGAUCACAAU